AUGCUGAUUUUCAACUGUAGUUGUGUUUAUCUACACGCGGAUGGGUCUACCAGUAAAUUUGAGAUUGUGCGCGCCAUUCGCGGCCACUUCACUGCGGGGAUGGCGUGGGGCGCGCACGCUUCCAGUAACUAUCUCUUCGCCUCCUCAGCAUCCCCAACCGAUGGGACUGGACACCACAAGAUGUUCGACGUCGCCCACAACAAGCUGGUGGUCGAGUUCGACGCCAAGAGGGAAGCCUGCAGCACGCUCGCAUUGGAUGCUUCCGGCAAGUGCGAGCGGCUGUUCAUAGCCACCGAAGGCCCCGAGACGACCUUCAACCUCCGCCAAUUCGACGUGCGCGCCCGCCUGCGCAAGCCCGUGCAGACCGUCGCGCUCGAGCCGUUCGCAGACAUCACAGACAAAGCCGCUAUGGACAUCAACUCGCUCUCGCUCAGCGCGGAUGGGCUGUACCUCGCCGCGGGGCGCACGGACAACUGGGUCGACGUGUACGACGCGCGCGCGCUCGGGCGCGGGCCGCUGCACGCCUUCGCGCACGAGGAGAGCGACAAGCCGGACCGGCGCGCGAUGUACGGGAUCGUGAAGACGGAGUGGGUGGCCGGGGCGCCGUAUGGCGUCGGGCUGGUGAGCGGGGGCGCGGACGGCUGUGUCAGGCUGUGGGACGUGCGGCGGUCGUCGGACGAUCCUCAUAAUGGGACUGUGCUCGUCAAGUGCGACAACGACGUGAGCACGUUCGCGUUGGGCGACGUGUACAAGGGCGAGGCGCCGCUCAUCGUGUACGUCGGUUCACUUGAAGAUUCUGUGCUGAAAUACUCACGGGCUGUAUCCAGAGGCGUGUGUUCCGGGAAGGUGACCGUCCUCGAACACACCAAUGCUCCAUAUUGGGAAUGA